GGCUGAAGGAUUAGCACUGAUGUGCGUUAUCAACAAAGAAAUGUCUCUUUAUUGUAUUACUGGACUCCUAAUGCUUUGGUCAGGUGUGAUUACAGCUGGCAAUGUUACAGAAGUUCCUGGAGUUGGCACAACAACUUCAAAUGAAAUCUCUGCCUUUAUCAUUAGCAUAAAAAUAACUAACCGCAUUUACAACGACUCACUUGAAGACCACCAAUCACAUUACUAUAAAAUACUACGACAGGAAGUUGAGAAUAUGUUUUUUGAGAUGUAUAAAUUUACACCAUCAGCUCAGUAUCAAGAGAUUGCAGAGAUGACUUUCAGCAAUGGAUCUGUGAUUGCCAAUUCCAUAGUGUUGUUUGGAACUAAGCAAAUAAGUGGAAAGACUAUUAAAAACAUCUUCGUUACCAAUUAUCAACAUUACCCCGCGACACUGCUGCAUCUAAACAUCAACCAUACUGCAGAUCAAGAACCCAUUCCUGUCUUGUCAAACAUUUCUCCUUCUAUCGCCUCUAUGACUACAUCCAUCACCAGCCCUAAGUUAUCUGACCACACAUCUGGAAAUGAAAGUUCUACAGCAUCUACAUCCUCUGCCUUGACCAGCAGUGGCUCAGAAGAAUCAACAAACAAUAUUAAUGACACAGCUGCAAGCACACAAACUCAUUCCAACACUAACGACAGUAACGUCACCCAUUCUGCUUCUGAGACUAAUUCAAAUAAUAGUAUCUCAGACAACAGCAUAACAGCAGUGCAUCCAAGCACCAUCACCUCAACCAUGUCAGCUUCCAGUCCUUCAACCAUGAUACUGCAUUCAAGCGGCAACAUUUCAAACAUCUCUGGUUCCAGUCCUUUAACCACGACAGAACAUCCAAGCGGCAACAUUUCAAACAUCUCUGGUUCUAGUCCUUUAACCACGACAGUACAUGCAAGCAAUAACAUUUCAAACAUCUCUGGUUCUAGUCCUUUAACCACGACAAUACAUGCAAGCAAUAACAUUUCAAACAUCUCUGGUUCCAGUCCUUUAACCACAACAAAACAUCCAAGCGGCAACAUUUCAAACAUCUCUGGUUCCAGUCCUUUAACCACAACAGAACUUCCAAGUGGCAACAUUUCAAACAUCUCUGGUUCUAGUCCUUUAACCACAACAGAACAUCCAAGCGGCAACAUUUCAAACAUCUCUGGUUCUAGUCCUUUAACCACGACAAUACAUGCAAGCAUCAACACUUCAGCCAUGUCUGCUUCCAGUUCUUCAACAACAGUAGUACAUGCAAGCAGCAACAACUCAGCCACUUCUGCUUCCAGUUCUACAGUCAGUACAGGGAAAACCGUAACCCAAAAGCCCACAGGACCUGAAGUGACAGACACAGUGGCAACAGAGCAGGGUGUGCCUGGUUGGGGCAUUGCCAUCCUGGUGCUGGCAGCCAUCAUACUUUUCUUCAUGCUUGUCCUGCUCAUACUGCUGCUGCUGUUUUGGUGCUGUUGGUGGAGACAGCGUGGCUUCAUGAAUGUGUCUGAUCCAGACCAAAUGGGCUAUUAUAACCCCGACAUUCCUAUGUACUCCACUUACAGCACGUAUGACUCACACAACGGCAAGUCACUGGAGUCAGGCUCCGAGAGACCUCCUAAAAAACAGACUGGAAUGUACACAGUGAACAAGUGAUGCGACACCCAGGGCUUCAAGUCAAAUGGUACAACUUUUGGAUUAAACAACAAAAGCCACAUCAUAAUUUACUCACCACGACUCAGCAACAACAAUCAGGUGCUGUUUGGCUCUCCUGCUCUACCUUCCACCUGCCAGUCCAGCGAUCAAAGAGGCA